AUGUAUGGUCUUCACAGUCAGCGAUGCUCUGUCGAGACUGGACACCAGGCUGGACACCCUCUUCGAACGCUUCUGGGACAAGUUGCAAUGCAGGCUUCCCACAAGUGCUUCAAACCCCCUACCCCCCCAGCAUGCUUACCCGUGAAGCCAUACCUGUGCCCUCGGGUCCAACGGGUGGUCUCGGACCCUCCAACAGUUUGCCAAUGGCGGCAGAGACCGCGCUGGCUCCACACAAGUAGGGCAGCUACCAAGCCCACUCUAAAGACAAAGAGCCCUCGAUACGCACAGCGGGCAGAAGGGAGGAGAGGCACUCGAAAGGGGAACCGCUUGAACUGCCACCUAGGGUGA